AGCUCACAACAGUUCAGAGGAUUCCCGACUGACCCGAGCAGAAACUCAAAAUAAUGGAUUUGAUAUCUGUGUUCAGUCAUUUGUUUUCUGUAGUUUAAAGGUGAGUUUUUGGAGUUUGAAUGUGAUUUCUGAAGACUGAAGAUGAUUUCUGGAGUUUGAAAAUAAUUUCUGGAUUUUUUUUAGUUUGAAGAUGAUUUGUGGAGUUUUAAGAUGAUUUUUUUGGAGUUUGAAGAUGAUUUGUGGAGUUUGAAGAUGAUUUGUGGAGUUUGAAGAUGAUGUUUUUUCUAGUUUGAAGAUGUUUUUUUGAGUUUAAAGAUGUUUUUUUGGAGUUUGAAGAUGAUUUGUGGAGUUUGAAGAUGAUUUUUUUGGAGUUUGAAGAUGAUUUGUGGAGUUUGGAGAUGAUUUUUUUGGAGUUUGAAGAUGAUUUGUGGAGUUUGAAGAUGAUUUCUGGAGUUUACAGAUGAUGUUUUGGAGUUUGAAGAUGAUUUGGAGUUUGAAGAUUUUUUUGAGGUUAAAGAUGUUUUAGGAGUUUGAAGAUGAUUUGUGGAGUUUGAAGAUGAUUUGUGGAGUUUAAAGAUGUUUUGGAGUUUGAAGAUUUGGAUGUGGGAGUUUUACACCGCAGCUGUCAGGAUAGUGGAGAACUCUGAGAGAAGACGUUCUGAGUGUAAUGAUGCUCAGUUUUAAAGAAAACGGUGCUGAAAGAGCAGUAAAUACAGAAAACAACUCACACCCAGAGCUUUAAUCACACAGACACGUUUACGGUGUUACAGACUGUAGGUGUCUGUAUUUGAGUGGUCAGAUCUGACGGUCAGUAUGUAUAAAUAAUAAUAACUGACUAACAUCUGUGUGCAGUAAAACUCAUAUACCCACCGUGUAUUUCACUGGACAACUGCUGGGCUUUUUUCUUCUGUUGCCGUGGUUACUGCUGCCUCUGAAGUGCAGUAUGGGUCUGUGCCGGCUGUUAUGGUCAGUGCUGCUGAUGGUGCUGGUGUCCAGCUCGGUUCCUGUGGGCAGUGAUGGAAGUCCUGUUUAUGAUGGGGUCACUCAGACAGAGAUCCCCAGGGCCCCUCACACACCCCGACACGCACACCCAGAGGGUCCCGGCGGUCCGCACACACACAGCCGUGCCUUCCCCGUCCUCACCUUCCAGUUCGAGACGGUGCGGAGACCCUUCGAGAUCUCGCUCUGGAUUCUUCUGGCGUCCCUGCUGAAGCUGGGCUUCCACGUGAUCCCUCACUUCUCCAGCGUGGUUCCUGAGAGCUGUGUGCUGAUCGUGGUGGGGCUGUUGGUGGGGGCUUUAAUAAAGCUGCUGGGGGAGACCCUGCCUGUGCUGGACACUCAGCUCUUCUUCCUCGUCCUGCUGCCCCCCAUCAUCCUGGACGCAGGGUACUUCCUCCCCAUCCGAUCCUUCAGCGAGAACAUGGGAACCAUCCUGGUGUUCGCGGUUAUGGGGACGGUGUGGAACUCCUUCUUUAUGGGCGUGGUGCUGUACGGGGUAUGUGUGGUUGAGGGGUCCGAGCUGGCCGGAGUGGGCCUGCUGGCCUGCCUGCUUUUCAGCUCCAUCGCCUCCGCCGUUGACCCUGUGGCCGUCCUCGCCGUCUUUGAGGAGAUCCACAUCCAUGAGCUCCUGCACAUCCUGGUGUUCGGAGAGUCACUGCUCAACGAUGCUGUCACUGUGGUGCUGUAUCACCUGUUUGAGGAGUUUGCGACACUGGGCGAGGUGACUGUGAUUGACGUCUUCCUGGGUGUGCUGUGUUUCUUCGUGGUGGCAUUGGGGGGCAUUUUGGUGGGGACGGUUUUCGGGCUGCUGGCCGCCUUCACCUCCCGCUUCACCUCACACACUCGCGUCAUCGAGCCGCUCUUCGUCUUCCUGUACAGCUACAUGGCCUACCUGUCCGCCGAGGUGUUCCACCUGUCAGGCAUCAUGGCGCUGAUUGCGUGUGGGGUGGUGAUGCGACCCUACGUGGAGGCCAACAUUUCCCAUAAGUCCUACACCACCAUAAAGUACUUUCUGAAGAUGUGGAGCAGCGUGAGUGAAACGCUCAUCUUCAUCUUCCUCGGAGCGUCCACUGUAGCCGGACCGCAUGCAUGGAACUGGACCUUCGUCAUAGCAACCAUAAUCCUCUGCCUCGUCUCACGUGUGUUCGGAGUGGUGGGACUGACCUACAUCCUCAAUAAGUUCCGCAUGGUAAAGAUAACGGGUAAAGACCAGUUUAUCUUGGCCUAUGGUGGGCUGCGAGGUGCUAUUGCCUUCUCCCUGGCCUUCCUUCUGUCCAGCAAACAUUUCCCCAUGAAGAACAUGUUCCUCACCGCCAUUAUCACAGUUGUCUUCUUCACUGUGUUUGUACAGGGCAUGACCAUUCGACCACUGGUUGACCUUCUGGCUGUGAAGAAAAAAAAACAGACGAAGUUUACAAUAAACGAAGAGAUACACACCGAGUUUCUUCAGCAUGUGCUGGGGGGCAUCGAGGCAGUCUGUGGUCACUACGGUCACCAUCACUGGAGGGAUAAGCUGGAUCGGUUUAAUAAGGACUAUCUGAAGCGGUGGCUGAUAGCGGGGGCGAGAUCUCAGGAGCCGCAGCUGAUCUCCUUCUAUAAUAAGCUGGAGCUGCAGCAGGCGCUGCGGGUGGCCGAGAGGGGCAGUGAAGCCAGACUGACCCCGGCGCUGCCCUCUGCUGCGUCCUUACUUGCUGCAUCUCAGAAGCGGAGUAGGACCAUGACGAAGAUCUCUAAAGAGAGAGAGGAGGAAAUCCGGAAGAUUCUCAGAGGAAACCUGCAGAAAACACGUCAGAGGCUGCGUUCGUACAGCAGACACAAACUUGUCUUAGAGGGUGAAGAGGACAGCUGGACUGAAGCGAAACUCUGGAGACAAAAAGUGGAGAUAGGGAGGAGGAUGAGUCAUUAUUUGACUGUUCCUGCUAAUAGGCAGGACUCGCCCCCGAUGAGGAGAGAAAAGUUUGAGUCAGAUAACCAGGUGUACAUGUCCAAACCCAGCCCAGCGGUCAGCGUACCUGCCAUCAGCGUGGAGCCGGUUCGUCCUACAGAUUUAGCGGAGAAGCCGUUCGAGGGUCCACAGCGGACUGUAGAGGGCGCUAUGAGGACCGGCAGUGGGAAAGGGCGCAAACUCAGCGUCACGUUCGCUCUGGACGUGGAGGAGCAGAAGCUCCCCCGCUGUCUGAGUGACCCGGGGCCAAAUAAGAUCGAUGAGGAGGAUGAAGAGCGCAGCAGGGAGUGGGAGGAAGUGUGAAACAUUCAAACAGUGCACCAACUCCUGUACCCACCACGGAAGUUUCAUACCUUUAACAGGAACUUUCAAAGGAAGCAACAGCAAAAGACUUUCUCUGAGAGGGGAAUUCCACCACAAUUUCAAAAUUUCAGAAUUCAUAAUUCAACAGAUUGAAAGUAAACAGUGAUUGACAGCACUCUGAUUUUGCCUUUAAAUGCGUAAAAUAAAUAUUUGCUUGUUUUUUCAUUUAAAUUAUUAUUAUUUUUGUUUUUAUGCAGUCACAUCCACCCAUUCAGCU